AUGCGGGUCGAUACCUACGCAGAAGACACGAUCAAAUCGCUGCUGCGAGAGCGUGACCAACUCCAAGUAGAAGCUGCUAAACACAAAGAAGCCUAUGAGAGCCUGCAGCGACGUGUGUACAAGAGGGCCGUUGCUGAUGUUGAUCUUCCCGCAGAAGUGGUGCGGCGUCUGAAUCAACUGGAGAAUGAGACAGACCGCUAUAAGUCUGAGAACAAGCUGCUGCGAGAGGAUCUCCACAUUGCCAAUAGCGAGAUUGCGACACUCAAACACGAGAUUGCAGGUCAGAUGGGCAAGCUGAAGGGUGCGGGAAAGAAAGUGCGUAACGCAAAGGCGGAAGCAGGACAGCAAGAGGAGAAAGCGAAGGGUGCGCUGCAAGAGAAGCAAUCACGUGCGGCCUCAGAAAAGAAGAUGAAGCAGGAACGCAACGAAGCCGUCGCCAAGGUAGCGUCUCUCACCAAGCUAUGCGACAACCUCCAGGCAUCUCUAGACGUCGAGCAAGCUGGGCGGCCGCACUUACGCAAAGACCAGGCUACUUCAGACGAAGCCACUGCAGUCAUACCGAUUGAACUCACAAUCCAACGCGCUCACUUCCUCAGGCUGUCGACUAUCUUUGCGUCCAAUCAGAUCAGCAUCACUGAAGAGCUACAGCGUUGGUACAAUGAUUGGAGGAAGCCCAAAGAACCUGUUUCGCAGGUAGUCGGUGCCAACUACCUGAACGAUGGCAAAAAGGACAAGAAGGUUGUGGAUUGGGAGAAGAUAUACGCCGACCUGGUAGAGUUAGACGGUCAUCAGCAGACAGGUGCAGAGCAUGACGGUCCUCGCUCAAAGCGUAGCCUCAAGGCAACUUGUCGCAGGGCUGAAGAGAGACAUAACAGCCAGUGUUGA